UCCCGUAAAAUCACGCCUGGGAUCUCUCCCGUGCCGCACUCUUUGAAACACGCUAAGGCCUUGUCUCUGGAACAUUUUUCCAGCCACCAUUUUGUGCCAUGAUUCCGAAUUUGUGGCAAUCUGUAACCUUUCCCAAAUGUCAUUCUGCCUAAUUUGUCUUCUGAUUUUUCACCUCAUUUUAUUACAACAAUUUUCCUCAAAAUAGGAAUGAAGAUUUUAUUUUUAACAGAAAAGUAAACAAAAAAUUAAUAAGAAUAUAUUCAAAUCAAAAAAUUGAACACACUGCGGCUAAUCAAUAUUUAUCCAAGAAGAAAGCAACAGUCAUCAAUGGAUUGUUCUGAGCCAUCUUUAUCUAGAGCUGGCAGUUCUGAACCACAAAGCAUGGAAUUUUCGGAUGAAAUUCAAUGGCGAUUUUCUCAAAUAAAAGGAAAUAUUGAAACGGAUGAUGCGCCAACUGACGCAGAUAUAAUCUCCUGUGUUGAAUUUUCUCAUGAUGGUGAAUUGCUCGCAACUGGAGAUAAAGGGGGCAGAGUAGUUAUUUUUCAACGUGAUCAAAGUGGUGUUUAUUUAAACGGUGUAAGAACUAGUGAAUACAAUGUUUACUCAACAUUCCAAUCGCAUGAACCUGAAUUUGACUAUUUAAAGUCUUUAGAAAUUGAAGAAAAAAUAAAUCAAAUAAAAUGGAUGAAAAAGAAAAAUGCCGCAAAUUUUAUAAUUUCAACAAAUGUAAAACUAUGGAAAAUAUCAGAAAGAGAACGAAAAAUGGCGGACGGUGGAUAUAAUCUGCGAUAUGAUGAUGGGACCCGAAGGCUCAUAAGUGGUUCACCGCUUCAAUUACCAAUGCUAGUCCCAAUGGAACUUAUUGUAGAAGCAUCACCUAGAAGGGUUUAUGCAAAUGCACACACAUAUCAUAUCAACUCAAUCAGCAUCAAUUCAGACCAAGAAACAUUUAUUUCAGCUGAUGAUCUUCGAAUAAAUUUGUGGAAUCAUGAAAUAACAAAUCAGAGCUUUAAUAUUGUGGAUAUAAAACCAACAAAUAUGGAGGAAUUGACUGAGGUAAUAACAGCCGCUGAAUUUCAUCAACAACAUUGCCAUCUUUUUGCAUAUAGCUCUUCAAAGGGAAUUAUACGUCUUUGUGAUAUGCGGGACGGCGCUCUAUGUGAUGGACCAGCAAAAAUAUUUGAAGAAAAAGAAGAUCCAGCAGCCCGUUCCUUCUUCUCUGAAAUAAUAUCCUCAAUAUCUGAUGUAAAAUUUUCUAGAAGUGGAAGAUAUUUGUUAACAAGAGAUUACCUCACAGUCAACGUUUGGGAUUUAAAUAUGGAAAAUAGACCAGUCGAAACUUACCAUGUGCAUGAUUGUUUACGCUCAAAACUUUGUACACUUUACGAAAAUGAUUCGAUUUUUGAUAAAUUUGAAUGUAGUUGGAGUGGAGAUGACAGACAUGUCAUUACCGGCUCUUACAACAACCACUUUCGCACUUUUAAGCGAAAUUCCCAUGUUGAAUCAACCUAUGAAGCUAGUCUAGAAUUGUGUAAACCUUUCAGACAACCGCGAUUUGCUAAUUCAGACUUUACCAGUUCAGGAGGUAAAAAAAGUGGAAAUUCAGCAAAAACAAUUCCGGGUAGAAAACGGAAAGAAGAAAUUAGUGCAGAUUAUUUGGAUUUUAAUAAAAAGAUUCUUCAUUGCGCCUGGCAUCCUUCAGCAGAUAUUAUAGCAUUAGCAGCAACAAAUAAUUUAUAUAUAUUUGAAGGAGUACAACCAUCAUAGCAGUCUUUUUAGAAAAAAAUAGAAAAAGAAUUGUGUGAUGUGUAAAAAAAUUUAUUUAAAAAAACUUUUUUUUGUCGCUAGAUUUUCAAUUCUUUUUUUUCUUCUUUUAUUUUUUUAAAUGUAUAACUUUAUUAGUUAUUUUUUAAUAAUAAUUUGAAGUUGGGGGAGAAGUGUAGGAGAGUAUCUCAUGCAAAUUUAUUUUUGUAUUAUAAAGAUAAGGGUAAAACAAUUAAGAAUGGGUCUUUCACUUUAUUUCCCCGUGGACCUGUGCAUGGCCACAGAUUUUUGUAU